AUGGUGCAAAAUUUGUUAAAAAUUCAACCUGGUGCACUAGGAACCGUCGAAUACUUAAAUUUAAUGAACAAGAUCAAAGUGGCGUUUUUGGAUAAAAAUGUUUCGAUUUAUAAUAGAAUUUAUUGUAUGUGUGUGUUAGAAAUAAUUAAGAGAACCAAUAAGAUAGAAUACAUUAACGACUGUAUAACAAAAUUAUCUGACACAUUUAUAUUCCCUAGAGAGAACAAUUAUAAACAUAAUUUAGACCCAAACUUAAACGAAUUUUUAAAUGAAACAGCUAUUGAAAAAUGUGUAAAUGAUGCUCUAAAUGCUGUUAAAAUGUCUUGUCAAAAUUUAAAUAUGCCGGUAUAUAAAGACAGUUGGAAAAAUAUAGAGUACAUAAAAUGUUAUGAAGAAGGCAAAGAAAAUGUUCAUUCUGACAGUGACUCGGAUGAUGAUUUAAAUAUAAAUGAAAACUUAAAACAAAGUGAUAACAUAAUUGAAGGUCAAGAACUUUUUCAAAAUAUUACCUCAGAAAGUGAAGCUGACAGAGAACAAGAAAUUAUUGAAGUCCAAGCUGAGAUGUCGGCUGAGACCACUUCUGAAGGAGGAAAUAUUUUGAAAAACUUUACUUCCCUCAAUAUUAAUGAUACUAAAACAAAAAAAAAUGUAGUGCACAUAAAAAUUGGAAAUAAAUAUAAAACAAUUAGAAAAACAACAUUAUGUUGGUUACUAGAAGAGCAAUCCAAUAAAUUAAGUUCGGACAGAAUUAUAAGAGUUAGGGGGGUCCCAGAAUUUGCCGCUUCUAAAAAUUGCAAGAAAAGCACUGUCAAUUUAAUAGAAACUGAUAAAUAUUACGCCAUCUACUACGAUGACUCGUGGUACAUCGGAAAAAUAAUAGAAACUAGAAAUGAUGACUUGUAUAGGAUAAAAAUUUUAAAAGAAGACUUAGGUCACUAUUAUUGGCCUAACAAGGAUGAUAUACAAACAGUUAAAAAGGAAUUCAUCCUAUUCGGGCCAAUAACUUUAUUAGGUUUUAAACCGUUUAGUAUAUCCAGAGAAACAAAAGAAGAAAUAAAGAAAAUAUAUAAAGAAUAUAAGCGUGCAACAGUUUGA